AUGCCCCCCAAGAAGCCCGGCGGCCCCGGGCGAGGGUCGGCCCUGGGUCGCACAGGCGCUGGCAGGGGCAGCAAGCCACCCGCAGCAGGCCGGGCCAAGGACGCCUCGGGCAAGGCGGUGCCGUCCUACAUGCGCGGAACCGCCGCGGCCAAGGCGAAAGAGAACGACGAGAAGUUCGACUACCAGGACAUCCGCGAUUCGGCGGCCGCGCAGGCGCUCCGAGCCGCGCUGAAGCUGAAACAGAUGGCAGGCAAAGCCACCAGGGAGCAGAGGCUGGCGCUGGUGCAGUCCCUGACCGCUGACAACAUCCGCGCGCUCGGGAAGGACGUCAUCCGGCAGCUGCAGGUGCAGGACAUCGCGCUGUUCACCAAGGAGCAGCUCGGAGCUAUGAGCGACGAGCAGCUCGGCGCGCUGUCCGCAACCCACGUUGCAAGUUUGUCCGAAGAGCAGUUGGGGGUGUUCAACCAGCGCCAGAUCGCGCGCCUGCCGCCCGCGUUGCAGCAGCGCGUCGCCGAGAUCCGCAAGCAGUCCGCCGCGGGGCAGCUCGGCCCGCACAAGGGCGCGGCGGACAACAUCUGGGCCCUGACCGCAGCGCAGCUGUGCGACCUCCCAGCGGACGCCGCCGCGCAGCUCUUCUUGAUAGACACGAGGGCCGAGCCGGGCGCCGGCGGCGACGGCGGCAUCCGGCCCAUCCAGGGCCUCGGCGCGCCCACGGCGGGCCCCGGGACCGUCACGGUCGAGGCCCUGCUCGAGUCUGCGAUCGCGCGGGUGGGUGCGGGGGACAAGCGAUGUGGGGAGCUGCAGAAGCUGCUGAAUGGUCUGCGGACGGGCAAGGUGACCAAGGACAAGGUGGAGGCGCGCAUGAAGGAACUCCUGAUGGAGGGGGAGAUGCGCGAGAUCUACGCCGCCGCGCACACCGUGCAGCUUGCGCAAGCAGCCCUGCUAGGCCUCGAGAAGGGCGAUCCGCGCCGGAAGAAGCUGGAGGGGAUCCUGACUCAGUUCCAAGCGGGGGGCCUGACGCGCGUAGAGGUGGCGCAGGCGCUGAUGCAGGACUUCAAGCCAGCUGACCUCAAGGUGGCGCUGGACCGGGCCGCAGCGAUGGCGACGCUGGAUGCGCUGGCGGCGGCCGCGCCGUCGGGGGUGGGCAAGGCGGGCAUGUCGGCGGCGCAGCGCAAGCAGGUGGAGGCGCUUGCGCAGGAGGCGCGCAAGGGCGGGAUGUCUGCGCAGGCGAUCGAGAAGCGUCUGGCGGCCAUCUUCAAGGGCGACGACAAGGUGCUCGGCAAGCUGAAAGCGGCCGCGCUGGCAACGCGCCCCGAGGGAGUGGUGACGCCCGCGGGCGCGUCGUCAGCCAUGGCGGUCGUCAUGGUGCCCGACACGGACGGCGGGGCCGGCGAGGAGGAUGACCGGAUGGACGUCCUGUUCGGGAAGAUGGCGCAGAUGGCAUCGAUGGGUCGCAGGGACAGCGGCCUCAGCGGGCCCCUGUGCGGCCACGUGGUGAAUGCGCGCGCAGUGCCGGCGGCGCAGGGCGCGCAGCAGUCGUUCGACAUCCUCAAGAAGCUCCUCGCCGACCCGGGGGGCGACGCAUCGCCUGCGGAGCGCAAGGCCGCCGUCGCCGCGGCGUCCCAGCAGUACUUGGAGGUCGCGGAGAAGGCGGCGCGCGAAGUGAUCGCGAAGUGCGGGAACGACCCGGCGGCCGUGGCGGCCGCGAACGCCGUCCUGAAGCAGAUCGCGGCCGCGCGUCAGACCGGCUCGCUGCCCAACCUGGAGCGGGUGCAGAACAAGCUGGCUGCUCUGCAGGGGGUGCCAGCGGCGGGCAAGGUGCUGGCCAAGAUGACCGUCUCCGUGGGCACGAUCGUGGCCGCGCCGGCCGACGACAUCGAGGAGCGCAUCGGCGCGGAACCGGUGACCGCGCAGAACGUCGAGCGCACGGUGUGGAACGAGCUCGAUUCCCUGCAGGACCGCCUCGCCGGCGUCGACAUCGACGAGGUGGACGACUCGGACCUCCUGCGGGCCAUGGGCGACCUCAUGCGGGACCCCAAGCACGUGCGGCGGCUGUCCGACGCGUCGAUCGCGGACUCUGUCGGCAGUGACACCACGGCGCCCGCGGCGGCACACAGUCCGGGGGGCCGGAGCGGUCACGGAGGCAGGGGCGCGCGCCGCACCGACGCCAAGAGAAUCUCCGCCGACACCGUCUCCGAGGUCGAGGACGAGACGUCGCCCAAGGCCAAGCCGCAGGCGAAGCGAAAGCCCCGCCGCACGGCGUCCAAGGCCGCGGCGGCGGUCGAGGAGGGAGCGCAGGCGACGCGGGCCGCCGCGCGCGCUGCCCUGAAGAAGCGGGCGUCGUCGGGAGCCUUGCAGGUCCACGACGAGGACAUCCCUGCGGCGGCUGGCGCGGGCCGCGUCGCGACGCUGCAGGCCAUGAAGUCGCAGGGCGCGCUGCACGUGGCGGAGGAGGAGGUGCCCGUGGCGCGCGCGGGGUUGUUGCGGGAACCCAGCAUCGACGUCGAGGAGGUCGCCGACGAAGAAUUCUAA